AUGGCGACCCCAACCUUGAUCUCAUCCCUUCCAGACCUUCAGGUCUUCCUCUCCUCCAUCCCCCCGUCCAGCACGUUUUAUCUGGAUCUUGAGGGCAAAAGUCUCAGCCGCAACGGGACGCUUACCCUCUUGACGGUACACGUCCUUCCCUCGAAAGCAGCAAGCGUUAUCGAUGUCCAAAUCCUUGGUGACUCUGCGUUCACCACUCCCGGCACAGACGGCAAAACCCUCAAAGCCAUUCUUGAGGACCCUCAAACUUCCAAGUGCUUCUGGGACGUACGCAACGACGCGGACGCCCUUUGGGCGCACCACAAGGUCCGUCUCGCGGGCGUCACAGACAUCCAGCUCCUCGAAAACGCAUCCCGCGUCGGGGAUAAGACAUACCUCCACGGGCUCGACAAAAGUGUUCAGAGCGAUCUGGUACUGAAAUGGACGGAGAAGGAACGCUGGAUAAGAACAAAGAGGGAGGUGCGGGCUUUGAUGACCAACAACGACGUCUUCGCCUGCCGCCCUUUGGACACCAAAACGAUGCAGUACUGCGUCAACGAUGUUCUUUGCCUACCUGCGCUCCACAACAUCUAUGCCAAGCGCACCAGUAAAGAAUGGCUGGCAAAGGCAAUGGAUGAGAGCGCGCGUCGCGUGGUCGAAGCUUGCGGCCCUGCGUACCAACCCCAGUCUGAGAAUAAGAGGUUCGGACCUUGGGGGUCAGAGUCGGGCAAAAAGAUGUUGACGAUGGAUGAAUGGCUUGAGAAAUACGAAGAGGACCAGAUGGAGGCAAGGGAACGGGAAAUGCUCGGAUAUGAUGACUACGAUGAUUUCUAG